GAGCGGCCAUUACACAGCGAGUUUCCUUUGGAAGGUCGGGGGCGACAGGGAACUAGCGACCGAAAGACACCGCUCGCAGUGCCGAGAAAACAGGGACGUCCCUGCCGCACCAUAUGGUUUAUACGUGGGCCAUAAAAAUAACGGAAACAUUGGCGUUUUAUUGACGCUAUAUCUAAACCGUUUUCAAAAUGGACGAUAAAGUAUUUACAAAGGAAUUGGAUCAGUGGGUCGAGCAACUGAAUGAAUGCAAGCAAUUGUCGGAGAAUCAAGUGCGAACGCUAUGCGAAAAGGCUAAAGAGAUCCUUACCAAGGAGUCCAAUGUGCAGGAGGUGCGCUGUCCCGUCACGGUGUGCGGAGAUGUGCAUGGCCAGUUCCACGAUCUCAUGGAGCUGUUCAGAAUCGGGGGCAAGUCACCCGACACCAACUACCUGUUCAUGGGGGACUACGUAGACAGAGGCUACUACUCGGUGGAAACGGUCUCACUGCUGGUCGCACUUAAGGUCCGGUACCCAAAACGCAUCACGAUACUGCGGGGGAACCACGAGAGCAGACAGAUCACACAGGUGUACGGCUUCUACGACGAAUGCUUGAGGAAGUACGGCAACGCCAACGUGUGGAAAUACUUCACAGACCUGUUCGAUUAUCUUCCCCUGACGGCCCUGGUCGACGAACAGAUCUUCUGUCUGCACGGUGGCCUCUCCCCCUCCAUAGACACACUGGAUCACAUCCGGGCCCUGGAUCGCCUGCAGGAGGUUCCACACGAGGGGCCCAUGUGUGACCUGCUGUGGUCAGACCCAGAUGACCGUGGGGGCUGGGGCAUCUCCCCCCGAGGUGCCGGCUACACCUUUGGGCAGGACAUCUCAGAAACCUUCAAUCAUGCCAACGGUCUUACCCUUGUGUCCCGUGCCCACCAACUUGUCAUGGAGGGCUACAACUGGUGUCAUGACCGAAACGUUGUCACCAUCUUCAGUGCGCCAAACUACUGCUAUCGCUGUGGCAACCAAGCUGCCAUCAUGGAACUGGACGAUACUCUUAAAUACUCUUUCCUUCAGUUCGACCCUGCACCUCGACGCGGAGAGCCCCACGUCACCCGCCGUACCCCCGACUACUUCUUAUAAACUCCUCUACAGCAAACGACAAACCCUCCCAAAACCUGUGUGCAUAUGACCUGUUACCAACAUUAAAGCACUAACAUGGACCAAAAUGUGCCAUAUAAGCAUUUAGUACACAUUACAAUAAUACACAUUGCCCUGUGUCUCAGUACUGCAACACAGUGUCCUGUUUUAGCCUUUAGUGCAAUUGCCUGCUCUAUACUAUUGAUAGUAAUGUUCCUUUGUUUUUCUUCCGCGGACUGUACAUUACGCAAACAAAUGUGACAACUCUUCCUAUCACUGGACAAAUAUACAAUUUCUGUUGGCAAA